CGCUGAGGAGAUCGAGCAGGCAGAGCAGGCCGACGCCGCUCAGCAGCGCAGUUUUGAGGAAGCUCGAGAUUUCUUUCGACGUGUGAAGAGAGCCCAGAAGUUCUACCCCGUGGAUGAGGAGAAGGAUAAAUUUCACCGCGACAAGCCUUCGAUGGGGGCGGCCGCCCACGUCGAGCCCGAGGGCUUCUCCGCGUUCGUGUUCUACAACGUCCAGCGCGACGCCGAGAUGGAGGUGGCGAUGAUCAAGCACGACAGGUCGCUGCGCGAGCUAGAGGGCGCGCUGGGCAAGCCAGAGAUUCCGAGGUGCUGCGGCGAGAAGCGCCCGAUGCCGGCCGCGCUGGAAGAGACGAGCGACUGGAUGCUGAUGGGCGUGCUGGAGAGCGCCCACAGGGGCUUCGGCAUCCUGGGCAUCGGCUCUACAUCCCCCAUCUUCGGUAUCCAGGCUUCCGAGAGGCUGCGCGACCUGAUCUACGACGCGACGGGCAAUCGCAUCAAUAUGGGCACCCCGCAGAAUACGACGUUCAUCUUCGGCGACGGCAACUCCAAUGCCUGCGCUAGCAAGGCUACGUUCCCGCUGAACAUUGCCGGUGUGGACGGCGACCUG